CUACUGUCCUGGUUUGAUAUGGAUUAAAUUGCUCGCCGCCUCCUUGCAACCAUUGGCUGUCGAUGGCAAUCACCAAAUGGAGGAAGACUAUUUCAAAUCCAUUGCCAUUUACUCGCGGGUAAUUCGCUAAGUUGUUCGCUUUUGAAUGGCAAAUUACCUUACAGAAGCCAUGCAAAGUGGGUGUGUUCUCGUGUCGCUUGAGCUGAGCAAAGGUUUUAUAGCGAUAACUGGCAACCCCAAUGUAUGAAUAUGGAGCGAUCAGAGCUUCAUGAAUGCUAGUGUAAACACGACAGGAUUGUACUUGGGUGCUGUAACUUGCCAUAUAACGUGAUCCGCACGAACUACUUGUUGAAAAGCACGCUUAUAUAGAGGCCUCGUGUAUGUAUCAACAGUCACAGCGUGGAUAUACGACAAUCGCCACAAACACAUUGUAAAUAGCGGCGGUUUCUUUUGAAGGUUCUAAGCAAUAGUAGUUUGGUUGACUAAUCUUUACACAGGAAUCACUACCCAUCAUUCGGAUGCCCUUUGAGUGUAUAAAGCUAUGGCCAUAUAGAUGGUUGACCUGUGUAUGAAAGACACAGUCUGGCAACGUUUGACAUCACUCUUUGGAGCAAGUGCAGGGUGCAUAGGAAAUAUGGCGGCAACAAGGUUCCAUAUGUAGAAGCUUGUGUCUGCAGUCUUCCUCCAGGAGCUGGAUAUUGAAACAACAUCACAGUGCCAGGGACGUCUACCUUGUUAAUUUACUGGUCAGUCAGCAACACAGUGAAGAUGACGUCACAAUGUAUCGCCUACUUCAACGCUGUCCUUCUCACGGCAAUCCUGUACCUCUCUCACGGCGAAGCAGCAAGUCGAGCUGACCUAUCAGACGAGAAACUGUUGAUACGGACGUUGCUGGAGGACUAUGCAAAGCUCGGUAAGAUGGGGCGACCGGUGAAGCAGCAGAACGACACUUUGCCCAUCUACUAUGGGCUUAGCCUCAUACAGAUCCUCGACCUGGAUGAACGCAACCAGAUCCUCAGUACCAACGUUUGGGCGUCCUAUCAAUGGACGGACAUGUACCUGAAAUGGAACGUCAGCGACUACAACAUUACAACUGUACGGGUGCCCACCGAUUCCAUUUGGAUGCCUGACAUCAAACUGUAUAACUACGCCGAUACUCGACUGGAAGAAAAGAGGGACGCUUUGGCCGUCAUCUCCCAUGAUGGAGGAGUCGUGUGGAUACCACAAGCCGUCUUCAAGAGUUCCUGCUCUAUUGACAUUCGACACUUCCCCUUCGACGUUCAGACAUGCGUAUUGAAGUUUGGUUCUUGGACAUAUGAUGGAUCUAAGUUGGACCUGGAAUUCUUAUAUGAUGUGAUAGGUUUUGAAAUGACAGAUUAUAUUCCUAGCAACGAAUGGGAUAUUCUAGAUUCUUCAGCCAAGAAGAAUGUGAAGUAUUACCCGUGUUGUCCAGAGCCGUAUGUUGACCUGACGUUCACACUGAAGAUCAGCAGGAAGGUGGCGUUCUACAACUACAUCCUCAUCCUGCCCUGCGUCCUCCUCUCUUCACUCACCCUCGUUCUCUUCUGGCUUCCCCCAGAGUCCCCGGCUAAAAUGCAGCUAGGAAUGAAUAUAUUCGUGGCUUUCUUUGUGUUGUUGCUGCUGCUGGCUGAAUCAACACCCCCAGCAGCAUCCUCGAUUCCCCUGAUCGGCGCAUACUACUGUCUCAAUAUGAUAUUGAUCACGCUGUCAACACUACUGUCUGUCAUUGUGGUGAACCUGUAUUUCCGGGGAUCAAGGACAACUGUUCCACGUCUUUUGAAGAAGAUUAUGCUGGACGGGUUUGCGCGUAUCUUCUGUAUGCGGAACCAGCUGGUAGACAAAGGGGAAGAGGACCAUAACGCGGCCACCGCUGCCCUACACGUGAAGAUCAACCGAGAGAAGAAACACAGUGACUUCAAGUAUGACCGAGUGGGUUGUUACGAGCUCCAGACAGAAGAGAGCUGGCGUGGUAUUUCUAACGGCAACAGCGUGCAUCCUUCAUCAGGAGAGGCUGAUGCAUCUUUCGGACACCAGUUUUCUGCUCUUGAGGCGGAGGUAAAAGACAUAAGGCGACUUAUGAAACUGAUGUGGGAUAAAUCCUCGCACAGAGAAGAAAAGGAGAGACUUGCUCGGGAGUGGAAAGUCAUGGCGCUCGUGCUCGAUCGUCUGUUUUUCUUUCUGUAUCUGAUAGCCAUAUUUGCUUCAGCGUUCACAAUAUUUGAAACGACGAUGGACAAGACAGCAGAAUAAAUGAUUUAAAUACAUCAAUUAUCAGCUGUUGGAACGACGACACAAACAUUGAGUUGUAGGAAUGAUACACACAUUGCUGUGUGAUGUUCGCCUUCGAACCGGCACAGGAACGUGCCUGUAAUUUGGAACAGUUACCUGUACAGUAAGGAUAACCAGCUGUUUGUAUAUGUGGUCUUUCGCUGCAAAGAUGAAGACCAUAACUACCACUGUGUCUCAGGCUCUUGCCUCAUGUGAAAUACAUAUACUAUGUGUAAGUUGACUGCUAGGCGUUUUCUACCAAUAUAGUUAAGUCUUCCCAGCCGUCAGACUUACAUGAUCACCACGUUGCUGGGACCUUAAGCCUUCCUUUAAAUACCAAUGCAACGUCGAUUCCUAAGGACAUGCUGUUCUUUUGUAUACAUUUUUGUAUACGUGGAUAUUCAAACGUGCAAAUCAACAUUUACAAUAGCCAGUGACUAGAUCUUAAUGUUUAGCAAACAUGCAAUCACCCAUAAAUGUGUUUACAUUAUUUUUACACGUGUUUAACAGUACAGGGUACAGUCGUGAUGUCCUUACAAUAAGUUAAGUUCACAUCCAUCCAGGAUCUGCAUGAAUCCAAGGUCCAUCCCGAAUAAAUUAUUUAUCUGCCCUCAUAAACAUCAGUGCAAGCAUCAUUUCAUACUGUACAGGUCUACACAUCUGUGUCACGAAUGUCUCCGUGGUUCAUUAUAUCAGCACCUUACCCAAUCAUAAUUAAUGUUAUCCGUUUGGGAUGUAUUAUAUGUAAAGUACAUUGCAAUCAUACAAUUUACAUCAGUCCUAGGA